ACCAACUUCAUGAUAACCAUUUGACAAGUCACAAAGCUACACGAACGCUCUCUUUCUCUCUCUACACAGUCUCCCUUCCACCUUUCUCUCUUUCUCUCUUUCUCUCUCAUUGAAAAACAGCUUAAAGAUUCUUCCUAGGCAAUCAUUCACCCAAAUUAGCCCAACCGUUGAACCCCGCGUAGACUCUCUCUCUCUCUCUCUCUCUCUCUCUCUGUAUCUAUCAACCUCCUUCGCUGUCUCUCUCUCUCUCUCUCUAGUUUCUCUGUUUCUGAGAAGGUGGCGAAGAUCACAGAGAAGCUCUCUCCUCCCAUUAUACCUUCCAAUUAAUGUUUUCCCCAACCACCCAUUUGACUCAUUUCUGUAAUUGUUUUCCACAGGGACAAGAAAGCCCCAAAGACCCACUUUCAAUCCAAUUCCUUUUUGUCAAAAAGCUAACUCUUGUGUGACGAUUUUGAAUAUGGAAUCAAAGCGUUUCUGACCAUUUGACCGAUUGGUUUGAUUCUGCCGAACGAUAAAUCAGAACGACCCAGAUUGGAAGAUCAAGCGAGCUCAUGCCCAAACCCUAGACCUUUGGGACUAUAUAUCUCUAAGAGGAACCGAGCUUUCUGAGGCAGGCCCCGAGAGGACGAAAUCGAGCAUUUGGUGCCGAACCCAUCUGACCCUUUUGGUUGCAGUUUCAGAGGAAGAGGAAAUCAGAGAGGCCUCAUUGGAAAACGGUUCAGAUUCAGAAACCCUAGUUCUUGGGUGCAAAUCUGAAGAGGCAAGGUAUUCCCUUUUUCUCUUCCUUUCAAUUCAAAGCUGAUGAAAAGGAAAGUAAGAUUUUUGGGUUAGACUCAGAUGCGAGAGUGCUCCAGAAACCCUAGCCCUAAUUUGCCUUGAGAGUGCAAGUCCUGUGGUUGUUGUUUUCAUGGAAUCCCCAUUUUCAAGCUUAGUUUUUGUGGUUUUGGGGUUUGCUAUUAGCUUCUGUGCUUUUCUUGUCGAUUCUCAAUCUCAAGAUGUAGUGAAUAAUGUCUUAUCGCCACCUCCCCCGCUACCACCUCCACCACCUCCAUCGCCACCGCCUCCAUCGCCACCGCCUCCACAAUCUCCGACCCCGCCACCUCCGGAAUCUCCGACCCCGCCAUCUCCACCAGACUCUGCGAACUCACCACCUCCACCAGAUUCUUCGAACUCGCCACCUCCGCCAGAUUCUUCGAAUUCACCAUCUCCACCGGACACUCCUGGCCCUCCACCACCUGAUCGCCCCGCAAAUCAGCUCAAUUCCAAGAAUGAUCCGAAGAGUCUGCCACCUCCCUCACAUAGGGGGCCAAGACCGACCAAUUAUCGCCAUCGGCAUCCUCCACCGCCUCAUCCUGGCCACAAGUACAAUGCAGGGAAGAAGAUUGGGCUGUUGUUUGUUGGUAUCGCUACCAUUCUUCAGAUUGGUGUGAUUGGGUUCUUGGUUUUCAAGAGAAGGCAGCUGCUAAUAGUGAAGGAUAGAUAUGAGACUUGUUCUUGAAUAUUUAGUUGCAGACUUCUUAGAAAUUCUUUUGUUUCGCUGAGAGCUAUGUAGUUGGGGCUACGAGUGGAUUGGAUAUUCUUCAAUGAGCAUAUCAUAUGGGGCUUUUAGGGAAUUAUGAUUCUUUGGUGAGCGGCAGGCAGUAUAUGAAUCACAAACAGAUCGAUAUGUUGUGAAUGGAUCUGAGGAUUGGUGGCUGCUCUGUUUGGCCCCCUUGCGGUUGCUCUGUAAAUGGGUUAUUGUUGCUUGGAAUUUUCUUCAUGUUUCUUCAAUUUUCUGUUGAUUUUUUUGUUCUUUAGCUUUGUUUACACGGCUUAUAAUUUAAAGCAGAAGAAACCAUCUUAGGAUUUGUGUUUUGAGCUGAUUACCCUUUCUCAUUUCCUGCUAACUUUAACCCUCUGACUGUAUAACAAUGUUAGAAAUCAUGGAAGAAUUACAAUGACAGUCUUUCUAUGAGCGUGAUGUGACAA